AUGGGGCCUGGAGCUGCAGUGGAAGGGUUGAGAGAUGAUGAUGAGGUGACUGAAAGAGGGGAGAUGCCAAGGACUGAGAUGCGUGUGGUGGUGAGGACGGUAUACCACGGCUCACACAACCACCCGCCGCCACCUCCCGAUGCUUCUACAACCCGGCUUCUUUGCUACUCUUCCCCCUGCCCUGCUGCUGCCGCCUGUGCUUCCGCUACAACCCUUGCUCCGGUUGCACCUAGUCCAGCUGCAGCCUGCGCGUUUGCUCCAACCUGUGCUAUUGCUGCCGCUACAUCAUGCGCUCCUGCUCCCACUGCACUUCCUCAUCCUGUUUCAUUCACUCCUCCUUUGAGCCACUCAUCGCCUGCAUCAUCAACUCCUGCUACAUCACCAAGAGCUCUUGCUACGUCCUGUGCUCCUCUCACAACCUGUGCACCUGUUACCACCUGGGCGCCCGCUUCUCUUUCCCACCCUUUUAUAGCCAAUACUUCCCUUGAUGCUACAGCCUGUAUUCCUGCUGCUGCAGCUGCACUGCCCUCUUCCACCACGCCCUUCCCUCCUGCAAUGAGCCAUCCUGAGCGUGUUGCACAUCCCGUGGUAUCUGAAGCCACUGUCCCGUUCACAGGCCCAAGCAUUGAAGGGGUCCCUUCAUCAGCUGCUCACGCACAGCCUUUUAACGCCCCUGUUCUGCCUCCUGAUAACUUUUCUCAGCCGUGUCAACCUUCUAGUAGCACCGAUGACUCUGGGAUUGGGAACGGUGUGGUUGGCAUUCAAGGGAGUGAUGGUCCGGAAGGGGUGUUUGGGCCGGCUGCUACACAGAACCGCAGCAGCGAUGCUGACCACGGCGUGCUUGACUGCAGUCAGCAGAUGCUGUAUGGGUGUGGGUGUGCUGUGGUGUUUCUCAUGAGCCAGGUAUGGGUAUCGGUGUGCUGUGGUGUUUCUCAUGAGCCAGGUUUGGGAGUGGGUGUGCUGCAACUCCUUCAGGGGAGGCAUCCCCUGAGGACACAUGGCUUGGACAUGGCGUGA